AUGGAUACUUCUAAUAAAAAUGCAUCAAUAUUACAAUUUUUAAAAAGAAAAAAUUCAAAUUCACCACCACGGGCAGAUAACUCACUAGGUUUUGAUGUGACUAAAUCAGGUAAUCCUAAACAAAUGAAAAUUAAUGUUACUGAACAGCAACAGCCUAAUGAAGAAAAAAUAAGCAAUGGAGAUACAAAUACUAAAACAAAUUGCUUGACCAACUCUGCUAUAACAAUAAGAAAUAAUGACAUUGCUUUAUUUAUUGAUCGCAAUUUAAAUGAUGAAGAAAAAGUAGAGGUGCUUAAAAAUGUUUGGGUACCACCAAAGAUGUACAAGUAUCCCAUAUUAGAGCAUAAUAAAAAAAGAGGUUUAAGGUUCCAAGCAAAAUGGUUUGAUGAAUUUCCUUGGCUUGUGUACUCAGAAAUUAAAAGUGGUGCAUUUUGUCAAAAAUGUGUUAUAUUUUCAAAAACUGGUGGUGCUUUAAAACAACCCCUUGGCCAGCUUGUAUUGCGAGAAUUUAAUAAUUGGAAAAAAGCUAAAGAGGUGUUUCAAGAUCAUAGUAAAUUAACUUAUCAUAUAAAUGCUACAUUAGAUGCAGAACAUUUUCUAAACAUAUUAGAGAAAAGAGAGAAAAGCAUAAUUGAACGAAUAGACAAUGAUAGGAGACUUCAAAUAAAAGAAAACAGAAAACAUUUAAUUCCUAUAGUUGAAUGUAUCAUAAUGUGUGGUAGACAAGAAUUAGCAUUACGUGGUCACAGGGGAGAAACAAAUAAAACAUUGAGUGUGAAUGAUGAUGACAGCAAUAAUAUUGGUAAUUUCCUUUCUAUUUUGAAGUAUAGAGCUAAAGGAGAUGAAUUUUUAAGAACCGAUGAGACUACAGAUAUUUCUACAUCAGAACAGUUGACCUUAUGUGUGCGAUAUAUUGAUGAAAAUGGUAAUUUAAAUGAAGAUUUUCUUAAGUUUAUUGAAGUAGAAAACUUAACUGGUAGUCAUUUAUCUUCUGCAAUACUAAAUGGUUUAAUUGAGUGUGGCUUGGAUUGUCAGUACUUAAUAGGACAGGGUUAUGAUGGAGCCAGUAAUAUGAGUGGAAAAUGUCGAGGUGUACAAUCAUAUGUUCAAAUUCAAUAUCCUAAAGCUGUAAAUGUACACUAA